GACUGGGGGUUGCACCGGACCGAGCGCAGUCGGGUCGAAGGGAUGGGUGAGAGGGGGGUUGAUGUUGAUUAGCGAUCAGUCCGAAAACAUACCGACGAUGCUCCACGUCACGACUCCGUCAGAACAAGUCGAGCUAGCGUCGGAUUCUCAACAGGGGAUUUUGAGAUGUAACGGAGGAACGUCCUAGAAGCCAAUGGUUGAGUUCUUGAGCUGUAUAUAAGUUGUCGAGCAAUCCACCUCAACAUUCCCCAUCUCCGAGACCAGCUCAUCUCCAGUCACACCCAGACAAGCCAAGUCUCAACUCUCAACCGUUCAAGCUCACCUCACUUUCAACGUCUACCAAACUCGAAAGGUUUCAAAAUGUCUCUCUCUCUCUACGACACCACCAUCGGUUCAAGCACCAAGGCCCUCACGGCGCUGCUCUCCCUCCUCAAGAAGGCACAGGAACACCCGGAGGCCGCCACGAUUCCCGAGACCCGCAUCCACGAGGACAUGCUGCCCUUCAAGUUCCAAGUCCUCACCGUCUCCAACUUCGCCAAGAAGGCCGUCGAGCGCCUGGCCGGCCGGGAGCUCGAGGCGUGGGCCGACGAGGAAUCGACGCUCGAGGAGCUCAUCGCGCGCGUCGAGAAGACGCUGGCCCUGCUGGCGACCGUCAAGCCUGAAGAUCUCCAGGAGAAGGAGCAGGCGAUCCACUGGGGCAAGCAGCUGCUGGGCACCUGCUCCACCUCGCAAUAUGCGCUCGACUACAUGCUGCCGAACAUGUACUUCCAUUUGACCACGGCAUACGACAUUCUUAGGAUGAAGGGGUUGACGAUUGGCAAGAAGGAUUAUAUAAAACCCUUUGUGGGGGGCUUCCUCGCUUUGUCGGAUUGAGUGGUGGCUUGCAAUAGGAUGGAUACCCGAGGAUGUCAUACCAUGAGAGGUGU